AUGGGUGGUGCUAAAAAUCUGACAGAAACUGAACAGAUAAAGUUGAACUCAUCGAAUUUACGAUAUUUUGUUGAAACGAGCUGUUCUUAUUCAGUUUCCUUUCAGAAAAUGGCCAAUAGUACUUAUAAAUCGGAUUUCGGAGACAAUUUAACUGUGCGAUUUUUCAAAUUUGACAGAAAGGAUGUGAAAAUGUUUGCAGCUGUGACUAAUUCAUACGCAACUACAGUUACGGCAAAUACAGUGACCGUACAAUUCGUUGCGACUAUAUUAUCCAAUCGUAAUUUAUAUUUAAUUUUUCAAAAUGAAGUGGCUCAUUCAAAUAAACUUGAAACACGUAAUCGAAUGGCUAUAACUCGACUAUGCUUCAAUGGUUGA